AUGGCCUCACGAUUGGCGCGAAGCGCUGCCGGCGCAGCUCCCCUCCUCCGACCCGUCAUCAGCCGCCGCGCCCUCCCUGCCGUCUCGGCCGCCGCUGUCCGCUACAACAGCAACGUGCCCGCCGAGGAGCCCAAGAAGAAGGCCCAGAGCAUCAUCGACGCCAUCCCUGGCAACAGCCUGCUCAGCAAGUCCGCCAUCCUCAGCGCCUCCGCCGGUCUCAGCAUCUACGCCCUCUCCAGCGAGUACUAUGUCAUGAACGAGGAGACCGUCAUCGCCUUCUGCCUUCUGUCCGUCUGGGGUGGCCUUAUCAAGUACGGUGGUCCCGGCUACGCCGCCUGGGCUGAGGCUCAGAACCAGAAGAUCAAGAACAUCCUCAACAGCGCCCGUGCCGACCACACCGAGGCCGUCAAGACCCGCAUUGAGGACGUCCAGCAGAUGAGCGGCGUCGUCGACAUCACCAAGACUCUCUUCGAGGUUUCCAAGGAGACUGCCAAGCUCGAGGCCGAGGCUUUCGAGCUCGAGCAGAAGACCGCCAUCGCUGCUGAGGCCAAGGCUGUCCUCGACUCCUGGGUCCGCUACGAGGGCCAGGUUAAGCAGCGCCAGCAGAAGGAGCUUGCCGAGUCCAUCAUCGCCAAGGUCCAGAAGGAGCUCGAGAACCCCAAGGUUCUCCAGCAGAUCCUCCAGCAGAGUGUUGCUGAUGUUGAGAAGAUUGUGGCUUCCAAGACUCAAUAA